CGGCCAGCCUUCUCCGCCGCCUCCUCCUCCCCAAUCACCUUCGAGCCAGCUCCGGGCGCCCCCUACCGCCUCCCCCGCGGACUCUUCUCCUUGGAGCUCGACGGCUGCUACAUGGCCCUAGGAUGGCGCCACGGCCUCGGGCUCUUCUUCCACAAGAUCCGGUUCGAGGUCCUGGUGUGGGAUCCCGUAGCCGGCCACCAGCACCUCCUGGCCGUCCCCCCGGAUUUCGAGUUCCAGGGGGCCAAGGGUGAUAUCAGCGGGGCGGUGCUUCGCGCCGCCGGAGACGCCGACCACUUCCGGGUGGUCAUGGUAGGCAGCAACGGGAAGCAGCCUAGAACAGUGCUCGCCUGCGUUUACUCGUCGGAGGCCGGCGCAUGGGGCGAUUUCAUCUCGGCGCCGCUUCCACCCGAGGGUUUGUUCAUUUUCAGGUCCCAGCCCGCUGUGCUGGCAGGGGGUUGCCUUCACUGGUCGCUUACCAUGGCGGGUUCGAGAAGUAUCCUCAAGUUUGAUUUGAACAGGAAGAGCCUAGAUCUGAGGUUGCUGCCGGGGGAUUAUUAUACCCCGCUCAGUCCCGUCAAAUUCGCGGUUAUGCGAGCAGAGGGUGGUGGGAUGGGUUUCCUGUUCUUAUUCGGCUUCACCGCCGAAUUAUGGAGUCUGAAUCCCAAUCGCGACGGUGUUAUGAUAUGGGAGCCAGGGAGAAGUAUUGAACUGGACAAGUUACUUCGGCUAAAUCCAGAGAAAGAUACCCCACAUGUGAUAGGGUAUGCGGAGGAAAACAAUGUGGUGUUCUUCUGGACAGUUGUUGGUGUCUUCAUGGUCCAUCUUGACUCAUGGUGGUUCAAGAAGCUCUCUAAGACUAGUCUCGAUUCUUGGUACCAUCCAUUUGAAAUUGCCUAUACUCCAGGCAUGGUGGUGGACAUGAUGGAGCUAAAGUUGUGAGUCGUUGGCGGAUGACACGAUGGGCACAAUACACAAAACAAUUGUUCAGUUAGAUAUGCUAUUGUGAUGUAUUGGUUGAGCAGGUCAGCGGCAUGAGGCUUGGAGUGUGCUUCUAGAGAGUUGGACUGGGAGAGACUUUGUACAGGACUUGUGAAGACUCAUUUGUAGGUGUUCUCACCAUGCAUCUUGGUUGUGUUGCUAUAUAUGGCUGUCAGACAUAUUUUCCAUAUGUAUCUACGGCUUGGUUGAACAGCAAAUGUGUAUGCAUACAUCUAUAGACCGUACUGGGAAUAUAUAUGGUGAUUAGUAGUAGUA